AUGUCCACCAUGUCUGAACACACAUUGUCAGAGGUUCCCACGAGGAAGGACGAGCUGCCUCCCGACCUGCUGGCGUUAAGGACCUCCAACGCUGAGAAGGGUGUGAACAUCAUUGCUCAAACACCCAGCCGACCAUACUCGUACCGUGAAGAUGAGACAGUCUACGAUCGCUUUACACCCGGUCGCAAGCGGCUGAUCACUGCCAUUGUGUCCUUCGGUGGCUUAGGCAUCAACCUAGCUUCACUGCUCGUGCUUUCAGCGCUGCCGGAGGUGGCAGCGGCUUUCAACACAACUGGAACUGUCAUCAAUUUCACCAAUGCUCUUUUUCUGUUAAUGAUGGGCAUUGGCGUUCUCUUCUGGGGCCCACUAAGUCAGGUCUACGGUAGAAAAUGGGGCGCUCUCGGUGGCGCUGCUAUGGUCCUGGCAGUCGCCUUCCUCCCAGAAACAAGUCACGGAAAGUGGUCUGAAGAAUUGGAGGGAAUGACGACCAAAGAGAAGAUUGGGCAGAUCUGGGAGUGGGCCAAUCCGUUCCGGGUCAUCAAUCUCUUCCGAUAUCCCAAGAUCCUCAUUGUGGGUGUUGCUGCAUCGUCAGUCCUGUGGAAUAUGCAGGUUCUUUUGACACCAGUUCGCUACGUUAUCAACCCGAGAUUCCACCUUACCUCCCCUUUACAGUCAGGAUUCUUCUUCUUGGCACCUGGAGCAGGAUAUCUCGUUGGUACCUUCUUUGGCGGCCGAUAUGCCGACUACACUGUGAAGAAGUGGAUCGCCAAGAGGGGGCGACGUAUUCCGGAAGACCGUCUGCGAAGUGCUUUUAUCGCUUUGGGUGUAGUGAUCCCAGCCACUACCAUCAUCUAUGGAUGGGCAAUCGACAAGGCUAAGGGCGGAAUUCCUCUCCCCGUUAUCUGCAUGUUUUUGCAAGGCGUUGCGCAGAUGGUCUGCUUCCCUUGCCUUAACAGUUACUGUCUAGAUGUCUUCAGAGAGAGGGCAGCUGAAGUCAUGGGCAGGACAAUCGACGUGCGGAAGUAG